AUGUCCCAGCUCCAGAGCUCUUGGGAGCUGCACGAGCAGAACAUGGCCUAUCUUCCAGAUCCAGACAUGGAGCCCAUGGCUGCCAGCACGUCACUUCCCGACCCUGCCGCCGAGUUCGACAGGAAUGUGCCCCGGAUCUGUGGUGUCUGUGGGGACAAAGCCACCGGCUUCCACUUCAACGCCAUGACCUGUGAGGGCUGCAAGGGCUUCUUCAGGAGAAGCAUGAAGAGAAAAGCCAUGUUCACCUGCCCCUUCAAUGGGGACUGCAAAAUCACCAAGGACAACCGGCGGCACUGCCAGGCCUGUCGGCUGAAGCGCUGCGUGGACAUUGUCAUCCUGACGGACGAGGAGGUGCAGAGGAAGCGCGAGAUGAUCCUGAAGCGCAAGGAGGAGGAGGCCCUCAAGGAGAGCCUCAAGCCCAAGCUCUCGGAGGAGCAGCAGAAGGUCAUUGACAUCCUGCUGGAGGCUCAUCGCAAGACCUACGACCCCACCUAUGCUGAUUUCACCAAGUUCCGGCCCCCCGUGAGGAACACCCCUGGCAACAAGGAGGCAGGGAGAUCCUCCUCCAUCCUCACCCCGGACCUGGCAGAGGACUCCACCGACCUCUUUGGCUCCGAUGCCUUCAGCGCGUUUCCAGAGCCUGUGGAGCCGCAGAUGCUGUCGAGCCUGGUCCUGGAGGAGAACGACGAGACCUCCUCCAUGAACAUGGGCUUCUCCCAGCUCUCCAUGCUCCCCCACUUGGCCGACCUGGUCAGCUACAGCAUCCAGAAGGUGAUCGGCUUUGCCAAAAUGAUCCCGGGAUUCAGGGACCUGGCAGCAGAGGACCAGAUUGUGCUGCUGAAGUCCAGCGCCAUCGAGGUGAUCAUGCUGCGCUCCAACCAGUCCUUCACCCUCGAGGACAUGACAUGGACCUGCGGCAGCAACGACUUCAAGUACAGGGUCAGCGAUGUCACCCAAGGUCCGUUCUCUUCCCAGCUGGACCUGCUGGAGCCGCUCGUGAAAUUCCAGGUUGGCUUGAAGAAGCUGAACCUUCACGAGGAGGAGCACGUGCUCCUCAUGGCCAUCUGCAUCAUGUCCCCAGGUAGGAGCACGCUCAUCCCCCAGCUCACUGACCUGAUGG